GCUGGGGUGUCUGACUGUACUUGCUGUGUGUUGGCAGGGCCGAAGCACUCGCUGACACAGAUAUCUCAGUCCAUGCUGGACCUGUGUGAUGAAAAGCUAAAAGAGAAGGAAGAUAAACUGGCUCGAUUAGAAAAAGCAAUCAAUCCCCUCCUGGAUGAUGAUGAUCAAGUGGCCUUUUCCUUCAUUUUGGAUAACAUUGUCACUCAAAAGAUGAUGGCAGUUCCAGAUUCUUGGCCGUUCCACCAUCCAGUAAACAAAAAGUUUGUUCCUGAUUAUUACAAGGUGAUUGCUAAUCCAAUGGAUCUGGAGAGUAUCCGCAAGAACAUCUCCAAACACAAGUACCAGAACAGAGAGACUUUCCUGGGUGACGUUAACCUCAUCCUUGCCAACAGCAUUAAGUACAACGGGCCAGACAGUCAGUACACAAAAACAGCCCAGGAGAUUGUAAACAUCUGUUAUCAAACUCUAGCUGAGUAUGAUGAGCACCUGACUCAACUUGAGAGAGACAUCUCUACAGCUAAGGAAGCAGCACUAGAGGAGGCAGAUCUGGAAAGCCUUGAUCCUAUGACUCCUGGUCCCUAUACUCCACAGGCAAAGCCACCUGAUUUGUAUGAUACCAACACUUCCCUCAGUUUGUCACACGAUGCUUCAGUCUAUCAAGAUGAGAGCAAUUUGUCUGCUAUGGACACUCCCACCACUACCCCAGAGAAGCGAGGAACUCAGAUGCGCCAGGGGCAGGGUAGACUGGGGGAGGAAGACUCUGACGUAGACAUUGAAGGUUUUGAUGAGGAUGAUGAUGGCAAACCGAAGACUCCGGCCCCA